AUGCGCGGCAAACGUGGCAGUGAUUCGGGCAGCUUUCGAGGAUGGUCACGGCAAGCUCGUGAUCCCGCCUUCUUCGGAAACAGCAGCACAUCGUCGCGUCGAACUGACGACACUGACGAUGUUGACCGCCUAACGUCACGUGUAAGUGGAGUUCAGUUGUUGUUGCCACGACGAGAAGACGACGAAUCAACGUCGAAUCGGGAGCAAAAAUCAUUGCUUUCUGCUUCAAGAGAUAGACGUGGAGGCGGCGUAGUGUUGGCUGCUAGAAAUGCUCCCACUCCCGAAAAACAGAGAAAGGAAGGACCUGCAAGUCAGCCACGAGACUCUACUAUGGCUGAUGGGAUCAAAUUCAUAAACGAAAACAUGGAUGUCUGUGAUCAGCUGUUGGAUUUCCUCAGCAGUGAAAACAACAAAUACAAUAUAAUUUCUGCAAUAGGACCACAAGGUGCAGGAAAAUCAACCAUUUUGAGUAUGAUCGGUGGAAACAAUUCGCAGGACAUGUAUAGACAAUACAUAUUUCGUCCAGCUUCUCGUGAAGCUCUAGAAAGUUCUCGACAUCAGACGACAAAAAUUCAUGCCUAUGUUACGAAGUCUAAGCAAAUUUUCCUGGACUGUCAGGCAGUGAACUGCGCAUCAGUACUAGACGAGUCGUUGAGGUACAGCAGAUCACCGUUGACUGAUGGUAGAUAUGCUGCAAAUAACUAUAUCGAGAUCAUCAAGUUAAUUGCGUUCCUCAUCCAAAUUUCUCAUACUAUCGUUCUGUGCUCAGAUUGGCUAGUAGAUAUUGAAACUGUUAAGCUGAUUCGCACUGCUGAAAUGUUUCGGGCGAACUUUGAGCACAUCAGCGAAAUUGUUCCACACUACAAUGCGACACGAAAAGUGAAUCUUGUGACGUUACACACUCGUGCAAAAUCGACCGAUUUCUCUCCAGCUGUUCGUAAACAACGCGCUGCACUAAUAAGAUUGUUGUUCAGCGACUCGAGAAGAAUUCGCGUAAGUGAUGACGAUGAGUGGACUUUGUUCCCACUUGCAGAUAUCAAACCACGUAAAGAUGGGUUGUCUGGAUCGUAUCCACCUGCUACACCAAUCGUUGAGAAAAUCCUGGACUCUCAAGAGGUCGUGGAUUUCGACAAAAGCAUGCGAAGAUUGAGAGUUAUAAUUGCGCAAGUGCCUAAAGAUAAAUUUGCUAAUGGAGAACAGGAAAUUACCGAGAAGCAGUGGUAUGUUCUCGCAAAAAGUAUCUGGAAUGAUCCAUUGUUCGACUCCUUGCUUGAUCAAUACAAGGGAUACCUUUGA